UUUGCCCAGAAGCCUGAUUGGCCUUUGCUAAAUAUUUACCUGUCUUUUCGUCUGGGAUCUAUCCUUUCAGGUUUCAACGAACACAUACUGAAAAUGUCAAGCUUCAAGCUUCUAGUGAAGGGUGCUAAACAGGUAGUUUUAGUGAGUAAAAAUGGUGAAAAAUUUCUGACCAAAGAUGGGAUGCAGAACUUGGCAGUUAUUGAGAAUGGGAGUGUAGUAAUCGGACAUGAUGGACUAAUAAAAGCUGUGGGCCCAGCAGACUCUAUUGAGUCUCAGUUCAGAAGAGCUGUGUUUGAUAAGGUUUUAGAUGCUACUGGGAUGUGUGUUCUGCCUGGUUUGGUGGAUGCGCACACUCAUCCGGUUUGGGCUGGAGACAGAGUGCAUGAGUUUGCAAUGAAGCUUGCUGGAGCCACGUACAUGGAGGUGCAUGAGGCAGGAGGAGGCAUUCACUUCACAGUGAGACACACACAUGCAGCGGAUUCAGAAACUCUACUGCAGGGGUUAAAGGGUCGUUUGGAGCGUAUGCUGAGAGCUGGCACAACACUGGUGGAGUGUAAGAGCGGAUACGGACUGGAGCUCGAGACAGAGCUGAAAAUGCUGAGUGUUAUAGAUUCUGCACGGAAGAGCUCGCCUAUUGGGAUAUCUUCAACAUACUGUGGAGCGCAUGCUGUGCCCAGAGGAAAAACUAUGGAGCAAGCUACUGAGGACAUUCUAGCUGUGCAGCUCCCUGCGAUACAGAAGCACAUUUCUGCAGGCAGCCUUCAGGUGGACAACAUUGAUGUGUUCUGUGAAAAAGGAGUUUUCGACCUCAACUCUACACGUCGAAUUCUGCAGGCUGGUAAAGACAUGGGCCUCAACAUCAACUUUCACGGAGAUGAACUUCAUCCUAUGAACUCUGCACAGCUUGGGGCGGAGCUUGGUGCUUUAGCCAUAAGCCAUCUGGAGGAGGUGACUGAUGAGGGCAUUGCUGCCAUGGCUGCUUCCCAGACAUCAGCUGUCCUUCUACCCACUACUGCCUAUAUUCUCAGGCUUCCAUGUCCUCGUGCCAGAGACAUGCUGGAUGCUGGAGUUAUAGUUUCACUGGGGAGUGACUUCAAUCCUAAUGCUUACUGCUGUUCAAUGCCUAUGGUGAUGCACUUGGCCUGUGUGACUCUGAAAAUGUCCAUGCCUGAAGCUCUGGCAGCCGCCACCAUAAACGCAGCCUAUGCUCUUAAUUGCUCACACACACACGGAUCAGUGGAGCCCGGCAAACAAGGAGAUCUGCUCAUAAUCAAUGCACCAAGAUGGGAGCAUCUUAUCUAUCAGUUUGGAAGUCACCAGGAGCUGAUCAGAUCAGUCAUCAUCAAAGGCAACAUCGUUUAUGAGAAUGACAAAGUUUUGGGUGUCUAACUGUACAAACAAUGAUUUAUUUAAAAAAAUAAACAGACUUUAUGAAGCAAUCUA